AUGACCUCCGCCAUGCCCGGCUUCAUCGCCCGGCUGACCCGGCCCUUCACCACGGCCACCUCGCUCGGCAUCUCGGCGGAGAGCGGCGUCGGCGCCAUCCCCGACGGCGCGCAGAAGGCCACGGUGGCGGCGGGCUGCUUCUGGGGCGUCGAGCACAUCUACCGCAAGCACUUCGAGGGCAAGGGCCUGUACGACGCGCGCGUGGGCUACAUCGGCGGCGACACCACCAACCCGAGCUACCGGGCGGUGUGCUCGGGGAGCACGGGACACGCCGAGGCGACACAGAUAACCUUCGACCCGUCGCGCGUGACCUACCGCGAGCUCCUCGAGUUCUUCUACCGCAUCCACGACCCGACGACGCGCAACAGGCAGGGCAACGACGCCGGCACGCAGUACCGGAGCGGCAUCUUCUUCCAUGGGCCGGAGCAGGAGGCCGUCGCGAAGGAGGUCACCGCCGCCGCCGACGCGCAGUGGUACGGGGGCCCGGGCAAGAUCACCACCCAGGUCGUCGCCGCGGGCCAGUGGUGGGACGCCGAGGACUACCACCAGCUCUACCUCGACAAGAACCCCGCCGGCUACCAGUGCCCCAGCCACUACGUCCGGGACUUCCCACCGCUGAAGUAG